AUGGCUGCCGCACAAAGGUUAUCUUCGAUUCAGGGCCAUCUCAAGGCUGGUGAUUCUCCAGCGAGACAGGCGCUUCUGUCCAAGAAUCCCGAUGACAUUGUUAUCACACUUGCUGUCCGAACUGCGUUAACCAAAGCUCGCAAGGGAGCUCUCAAGGAUACAGCCAUUGACGAUCUUUUGAUUGCCUUGUUAACUGCCGUUCGCGAGAAAUCCAACCUCGACCCGUCCCUUGUCGAGGAUAUCUGUGUUGGGAAUGUUCUGGCUCCCUCCUCCGCAUACUCUGCCCGCUCCGCUGUCCUAGCAGCUGGCUACCCUGUAACAGCCUCUGCGUCAGUCGCCAACCGCUUCUGUUCGUCCGGGCUGCUCGCCAUUCAGAACAUCGCCAACCAAAUCCAAGCCGGUUCCAUUGAUAUUGGCAUCGGAGUUGGCGCAGAGAGCAUGAGUACAACACCGGAUAAGGGCCCAAUUGCGUUCUCUGAAGCAGUUCUCAACCACCCCAUUGCAUCCCAAAACCAGAUGCCCAUGGGACAAACGUCAGAGAACGUCGCAGGCCAAUUCAACAUCACAAGAGAGCAGCAGGACGAAUUUGCUGCCCGAUCUUACCAGCGUGCCGAAGCGGCCCAGAAAAACGGAUGGGUAGCUGAUGAGAUCGUACCCAUUAAGGUUAAAGUGAAGGAUCCCAAGACCGGUGUAAUUCAAGAAAUUGUCGCGGACAGAGACGAUGGUGUGCGAUAUGGAACCACCGCCGAAGGCCUGAGUAAGAUCCGCCCUGCCUUCCCACAAUGGCAGCCCGGCCGCACGACCGGUGGAAAUGCGUCUCAGAUUACGGACGGUGCCGCUGCGGUGCUCUUGAUGAAGCGGUCCCGUGCACAGGAACUGGGUCAACCCAUCCUUGCCAAAUUUUGCGGCGCGACCGUUGCUGGUCUGGAGCCACGAAUUAUGGGAAUUGGACCCACGCUUGCGAUCCCUAAGCUGAUGGGCAAGCUUGGGCUGCAGAAGGAGGAUGUGGAUAUUUUCGAGAUCAAUGAGGCGUUUGCUUCGAUGGGAGUCUACUGUGUUAAUAAGCUUGGUCUGGACGUCGCCAAAGUUAAUCCACGCGGUGGUGCAAUUGCCCUCGGUCAUCCUCUUGGAUGCACUGGUGCCCGCCAGGUAGUCACUGCGCUAUCCGAGCUUCGGAGACAGAACAAUCGCGUUGCUGUAACGUCUAUGUGUGUUGGAACUGGUAUGGGAAUGGCUAGUGUGUUGGUGUCAGAGCAUUGA